AUGUUCGACAUCCUUGAGGCGGACAUUGUAAUCAUGCAAGAAUGCAAAAUCCAGCGAAAAGACCUCACAGAUGAGAUGGUCCUCGUGCCCGGUUGGGAUGUCUUCUUCAGCCUGCCAAAACACAAGAAAGGAUACUCCGGCGUGGCAAUCUACACCCGCAACGCGACCUGCGCCCCCAUCCGCGCGGAAGAAGGCAUCCUCGGCGUCCUCACCCCGCCGGGCUCCUCCAUCCCGUGGCGCGACCUGCCCCCGGACCAGCAUAUCGGCGGGUACCCUCGCGCCGGCCAGCUGUCGUCCGAAGUCGACGCCGCGACCCUCGACUCCGAAGGCCGCUGCGUCGUCCUCGAGUUCCCCGCCUUCGUGCUCAUCGGCACCUACAGCCCCGCCACGCGCGACUCCUCACGCGACGACUUCCGCCUCGGCUACCUCAACGCCCUCGACGUGCGCGUGCGCAACCUCGUCGCGCAGGGCAAGGAGGUCAUCCUGACCGGCGACCUCAACGUCAUCCUCGAGGAGCUGGACACCUGCAACCUGCGCGAGAUGCUCCGCAAGGAGGGCAUGACGGUCGAGGACUGGAAGGGCAUGCCGUCGCGACGCAUUUUCAACCAGCUGGUUGUCGGCGGCAACGUUACCGGAGCCCGGGACGAGGGGCGGGAGGAGCCUGUGUUACACGACCUGACGCGCAUCUUCCACCCCGACCGAAAGGGCAUGUUCACCUGCUGGGAUACCAAGCGGAACACCCGCCCAGCCAACAACGGGAGCAGGAUAGACUACGUCCUCUGCUCGUCGGGCAUCAAGGACUGGUUCACGGAUUCGAACAUCCAAGAGGGGCUGAUGGGGUCGGAUCACUGCCCGGUAUACGCAAUCAUCGGCGAUGUGGUCAAGAAGGACGACAAGGAGGUUCCCAUCGUCGAUCUGAUGAACCCGAGCGACAUGUUUCGACGGGGCGACCGUCUGCGAGACUGGGCCGCAAAGGACCUCCUCCCUCUUUCCGCGAAGCUCAUCCCCGAAUUCGACAAGCGACGAAGUAUACGAGACAUGUUCAUGAAGAAGCCGACCACAAAGCCAACGACCGAUACCCCUCCCUCUUCCAUCCCCAAAAAUACCCCUUCUCAACAGCCAAAGAGCCCUUCAUUUCCCAAUGUUCCCGACGAUCCUCCCUCACAAACCUUUGCCCCGUCGAACACGAGCAAGAUACCUCCGAGCGUCGCUGAUAGAACGUUACCUCCAUCGUCAUCUGCCCCCGUAAAAAGGCAGACCGAAGCGAAAGACACAAAGCGGUCCCUGAAGAGAACAAAGACGAACGACAACGACUCCAAGACAAACAAGCAGAGCACUCUGACUGGCUUCUUCAAACCCAAGGCCCCGGCUGCGAAGCCGACAGGCGCCCACGUAGACAGCGAGAUAAUCCCCGAUUCCAGCGACAAGAACAAUGGUCCCGAGGACCAGUCACAGGAGAACAAGGCUGCAGUGCUAGCCGGUUCCUUUUCAACGGUAGCAGAGGUCCCUGCGGCUGCGGAGCCGUUGACCUCGCCCUUGCCCAGCAAACAGCAACAGCCGGCAUCAACCCUGGACCCGUCGGCUAGCGAAACUUCUGAGAAGGUCUUUGAUCCCAUCGAGACCAAAGAAGCGUGGUCCAAGUUCAGCCUGGGCAAGAGGGUCGUGCCCAAAUGCGAACACGGCGAGCCUUGUGUCAGCUUCCAGACCAAGAAGCCCGGCAUCAAUUGUGGUGAGAUCUAUCCAAGCAACGUCUUCCUUAUUCGGAAAACUUAG